AUUGAAAUAACCCGGAUGUAAUUCUUAGCUUUAGCCUGGUGGCUAGUUAAAGUUUGCAUGUUAAUACUUGCGUGACGUGCGGUCAGUAUUUGUUAUUGUUUAGGUAUAGAUCAUAAAGUUGUCUGAAAUCUACAUCGGUAAUUUAAUCAACGUUUGAUUCGUGGUUUUUUUUCAUACACUUGCCGCCAUAUUUACAUUAUUUAAAGAGUUCCUUAACCCAUCUUCGUGAGUAAGGUUCAGGAUUUCUACUUUUCCGUGCUUUUUAAUUUAGUUGUUAAAGGCAUUAAGCGGACUUUUUGUUAUCAGAAAUGGCUAACUCUGCUCGGUAACGCCACACUCUGAUGCUGCCCCAUCUGCUCCCUCUGACAGACUGGUCCCAGUUAAUGUGAACGUCUGCACCCAGUUUGAAAUAAUUGGACACCAUGUCCGCUCAGCCAAGGGUCAAACCCGCUGUGCGCUUCGGUCAGGUGGUCAUCGGCCCACCGGGCUCAGGUAAAACCACUUACUGCCAGGGGAUGCAAGAGUUCCUGACCAGCCUGGGGCGCAAGGUGGUGGUGGUGAACAUGGACCCAGCCAACGAGGGGAUACCUUAUAACUGCGCCGUGGAUAUCGCGGAGCUGGUCACCCUGGAUGAUGUUAUGGAGAACCUGAAGCUCGGGCCUAAUGGUGGACUUCUUUACUGUAUGGAGUAUGUGGAAGCAAAUCUAGACUGGCUGGAGAGCAAGCUGACACAAUACAGCGACUGUUACUUCUUGUUUGACUGCCCUGGACAGGUGGAGCUUUACACCCACCAGAGUUCAGUGAAGAAUAUAUUCUCACAGCUGGCCAAGUGGAAUUUCAGACUCACAGCAGUGCACCUUGUAGACUCUCAUUACUGCGCUGACCCAGCCAAGUUCAUCUCUGUGCUCUGCACUUCUCUUUCCACCAUGCUGCACGUGGAGCUUCCCCACGUCAACGUCCUUUCCAAGCUAGACUUGAUUGAACAAUAUGGAAGCCUAGCAUUCAACCUUGACUUCUACACAGAGGUCAUGGACCUGACCUAUCUUCUCGAUCACUUGGCUGCUGACCCCUUCUUUAAAAAGUUUCGCCAUCUUAACGAAAAACUAGCAGAGGUUAUACAGGAUUACAGCCUCGUGUCCUUUGUGCCUCUCAAUGUACAGGACAAAGACAGCAUGAUUCAGGUCCUACGGGCGGUGGACAAGGCCAAUGGGUACUGCUUUGGAGACCUGGAGGAGAGAAAUCUGCAGGCGAUGAUGUCAGCUGCUGUGGGGGCAGACUUCCAGUUCAGCUCAACUCUUGGAGUGCAAGAGAGGUAUGUUGAAACCAGUGGCAAGUCCGUGGAGGAUGAAAUGAUGGAGCUGUAAAAUGGAAAACUGAAAAAAAGGGACAAAAAUGUGUUUUUAGCCCCAGUAAAACAGUGGAGUAUUGGCACCAUUUGUGUUGGUUUUUGUAAUGUAAACAAAUAAUAAAAAACUAUAUGAUUUUGAAAUUUCAAAAAA